AUGUCUUCGGAGGACGAAUGUGAUUUUUCUAGUGGAGUCAACUCGCCAAAAUCAAUUGAAUUUGUGGAAGAUGAUAUAAAUAUUGAUAUCGAGAUUCUUACCAACAAAGUCAAAGCAAGGCCUUUAUUUUGGGACAAGAGUUUAAAUAAUUAUUCUGAUAGGUAUUUAAAAAGAACUGCUUGGAAAGAAAUUUUUAUUUUGUUAAACCCGGAUUACGAAAAAAUAUCAAGUGAACAUCAAAAAUUAAUAGGCAAGUAUUCAUCAAACAUAAUAUAA